GUUCGAGAGCGAGCUGGGCGUUCAGGUGCUGCAGGACGGGUUCGACGUCGCGGACGUGGAGGUGGAGGGGGACGGGAUCGAGGACCCUGAGAAGAGCAAGCGGUCCCUGAGCUUGGAGCUGGCCGAAAGACGCCUGCGGCCGCGAGGGCGCUAUCUGUUGAUGCUCAAGCGGUUGGGGCUCAACCUGUGGCGGCACGAGCUCAAGCUAUCACAUUGCCAGUCGCCGGGGCCGACAGCGCCCAUGAAGGCGAAGUGGGUGGAGACGGGCAGAGCCGUAGCGGCGUGGAAGACGGGCCUUCAGCCCUUGGAGCGACCUGUGACACAGCAGAGCGGGCCUUCAGCUCGGGACUCCAAGGCUCACCCCGCCACCUCAGAGGUGACGAGCCUUCAGCUCGAGAAUCGGGGGCCGAGCGCGCAGAAGGCGGGCCUUCAGUCCGAGGAACUUCCAGCGAGGGAGAAGAAGUUGGAGAUGCACUUCUCGUUCGUGGAUCGCGCUGGAAUCCUCCACGUUAGCUCGGGGGGGGUCGCGGUCAACGAUGCUGGCGGCGUGGCUGCGCCGACGGAUUGGUCUGGGUCAGAAUCUGUGGUGCAACGCGAGCUGGACAAAUUGUUUUCUGUCGAAGGACUGGUGCGCGUCGACCUUGACGGAGACGUGUGCCUUGCGAAGAUUAUUGAGUGCCGCGGGGUGACCCUGGACCUUUUCGCGCUGGCGGACGAGGUGGUCGUCUCAGACGCUCCUUUGAUUGCCAUUCGACACCUGUCCGAACAGAUGGCCGUGGACGCCAUGGCUGAGGCGCAUGGCACAGACGUUCGGGCUGGCGGAACAUUCGGUUACGGAGAUGCCAUCGAGGGCGAACAGCUCGACGCGGUGGAGGGCCCGGGCUCAACCCGGUUCCCGGGCGUGGUGGCGGUGUUGAACGAGGAGAAGGGAUUCGGCGCGAUCGCGUGCCGUCUCGGUUCCAUCUUUUCCCGCGAAGCGCAGUUCGCGCUGGUGGUCGACGGCUUCAAGCAGGCCCCCGCGCUGGCGGAGUCCAUGGGGUGCGUGGGCAACGAAGAUGAGGAUGCUGUAGUGAAGAUGG